CAGAAUUCCAACCCUACUUAUUUGUUGAAUAAAUAAAUCUUGCUAUUUAUAUAAUUAUUAUUAUCUACUUGUAAUGUUAGAUAGUUGUAAUGGCUGCGUUGAACCCGGAGAUAUCAGAAAAAUUGAGAAAGGCCGUAAAGUUGCCACGCCGACAAGAAGCCGACGGUCAUGAAAUUGAUGUAGAAGUUCGAGAAGAUGAAGAGCAGUCGGUGAAACUUCAAGAAAUCAUUGAUCUUUUGGUUGCCGCGGGUUAUUUCCGCGCACGUAUUAAAGGAUUGCCUCCUUUUGAUAAAGUGGUUGGAGGGAUGACUUGGUGUAUAGAAUCCUUAAAUGUCGACGUGGACGUCGACCUUUUAUUCCAAGAAAAUUCCACCAUAGGACAAAAAAUCGCUCUGACGGAAAAAAUUGUAGCUGUACUGCCAAAAAUCAAGUGCCCUCACAGAAUUGAACCUCAUCAGAUUCAAGGAUUGGAUUUUAUACAUAUAUUUCCAGUGAUACAGUGGUUGGUGAAAAGAUCUGUUGAAUUUAGGCAAGAACAAGCUGCUUUUGUUCGCGCCUAUGCCGUUAACCAAUUUAAUAAAGAAUUUUUAGUGGGAAAUGAGAAAGAGAGUAGCAAAAAAGUUUUGGAAAACCUGAAACUUGUCCAGGAAGCUUACAGACCUCAGCGUAGGUAUAAAAGAAAAAAUGCGCCUCCUCCUGAUGUAGCGUCACGAGUCCAAAUAACGUUAUUGGAAUACGGAUAUAGGUUAGGGGAAAAUUCACAAACUUCACUAAAAGAUGGGCAGAGUGAUUUACCCAUACAGCAACAAUUGGAAGAGCAGCAGAUUCAGCAGCUUUUGAACAACCUAACUGAGACUAAAGAGGACCUUUCUCAGUAUGACAUCCUCGAUGAGGAGGAUCAGAGAAAAUUGAAAUCCCAUUAUAAGUUGUUACAUUCUGAGCUGAAGGAGGGCGGAGUUCAAUCCCCGGAAGAACAGCUGGAAAAUCAAAGAGUAAGACUGGCCGAGAACAUUAGAACUUUGGAAAGUCGCAAAGCAAAGCUGCAGGAAGAAAUAGAAAAAGAAACUGAAUCACUAAACGAAAUAAGACUGAAACAGACUGAAGUUGACAAAGCACUCAAGGAAUUUGAGGAGGUCGAAAAUGAAAAUCAAGAUUUGGCAAGAGAAAUCGAAAAGUUGGUCAUUACGCACGACAGUUUAAAAGCCGAGGAGGCACAGUUCAAAGACAGCUGCAAACAAGAGAAAGCGCGACUGGAGAAAGAAAUUAGGGAACUGAAGCAAGAAGCGGAAGUGCCGACCGAGUCCAGUCCGGAACUCAAAGGGCAAAUCGAGAAGGUCAGCGAAAAGGCGCGGCUCUUAAGGUUACAAUUGGCGAAGAAAAACCGCAUCGUGGCAACGCUGCAAAGACAAGUGGAUGAUGUCCCCAACAGGGCCGAACUCAGCCAGUACCAGAGGAGGUUUAUAGAGUUAUACAAUCAAGUCGCUGCCAAGCACAAGGAAACGAAGCAGUACUUUUCGUUGUACAAUACAUUGACGGACAAAAAGAUGUACAUGGAGAAGGAACUCUCUCUGCUAAACUCUAUAUCGGAGAGCUAUCCCGAAGCGAUGCGGUCUGGCGGAGGCAAAGAGGAGUUCAUCAAACAGUUCCAAGGUAUUCUCGAGAGCGUGCGGCAAUCGAGGUUAAAGGUAGAAAGAAAGGUGGCGGAGGAAAAACAAAAGCGAGACGAGUUGAGUGACACGUUGCAAGGUUUGGUGGAGUUGCAACGAAGAUACGCGGAGGCGGUGAAGGAAUUGGGGGUAGAAGUUCAAAAGUACGAAACAUUGUUAGAUCAAAGACAGGGUAAAUGACUAAAGACAUGACCCGUGACGUUAAUCAGAAAAAAUUAGUAGAAUUAAGAAUAAAUUAUGUAAAUACUCAUUUUAUUCUAAAACUAUAGCGUAAAAUUGCAUACAAUUUACAGUAUGGAAUUUAUUUAAUUUUUCCAGAGGUGAACAAAAAUAUUUAUAGUUUGCCAGAUUUGUUUUGUUUGAAAUAUUUUUUCAUCCCUAUAUUCUUGUCGUUUAUCUUAUUUGUUAAUUGAAU